AGCUGGCUCAAGCGGGGGGUGCCAUGCCAUGGUGACAUGGGGCCCGAGGGGCCCGAGGGGCCCGAGGGGCCGGAAGGGCCGGAGCAGCCUGCGCUCACGGCUGCGGAGAUUGAGGAGUACAGCCGCAUCAAGUGCUGCGUCUGCGGGGAGCGGGUCAAAGCCGAGGAUGUGCCCGAGCACUCGCGGAGCUGUGUGCUGGCGCCGGCCCCGAAUUUGCGGCUGCAGCUGGACAAGUGGUGCAUCGUGUCAGCCAGCAUGACUCCCUCGGAGCAGCGGACUUUCCUUCACAUGCGCCGCACUGAGGAGCUGGCCAAGGUGGAGGAGAUCGAGGCUUCUUUGGCGAAGCGGAUGCCGCAGCUCUGGUGGAUGCCCGGAAAGUUCGGAUUCAUCAUCAGCUCCAGGUGGCUCCGUAGUUGGCGCAGCUUUGUGGGUGUGGGCCGGCCCUCUGCUGAGACGAGGGACCGGCCCCCCGCGCCCAUCAUCAACGGGGGCCUGUUCGAGAUCGACGGGACGCUGAGGAGCAACUUGCAGGAGGGCCUCCAGCACGACUACCAGAUCUUGGAGCAGCCGAUGUGGGAGUUCUUCCUGCAAGUCUACGGGGGCGGGCCCGCCAUUUUGCGCUACAACUGCCAGGGUGCCGUGCCGUCCCUCGCGGAUCCGUCGGCGUCCUUCGAGGGAAAGUGGCGUGACGGCCGGCCCGACACGGGCCACGGCCGCGUCUUCGAUCCCCAGAGCGGCCGGGGCUUCGACGGGGAAAUCCAAGACGGCUUUCUCUGGAGCUGCACUGGCAAGGGCCUGCUGAAGAACGGGAGCCACUUCGAGGGCCAGGUGGUGGACGGGCUGCCGGAGGGCCCAGGCCGGGAGGUGAGCUGCGAGGGCGCGGUGCUGGAGGGCGCCUUCCGGCGGGGGAAGCUGCAUGGCAUGGGCCGCGUGGUGGACGCCCAUGGCAUGGCGCAGGAGGGCGAAUGGGAGGAGGGCGAGCUGCAGGGCAUCUAGUCGUUCCGCUCUUCGCUCGCUCCCCAAGCGGUCCCGAAGGAGAGAGUUGGAGAGGUUCAGGAAGGCUCGAGAGGAACGGGCCUGUCGCAAAGGGAAUCCUCAAAGCCAAAAGGAACAAGCCACCGCCCGGAAACCAAAGCUGAAAGCAUGUCCAAAUUUAGACAGGCC